UCUCAACCAAACAAAUGAUUGGAAAUUAAAUUCGCCUUUACGUUUUCGUAACAACGACACCAAAACAGAAGGAAAAAGAAAUUGUAGAACAGUGGAAAAGAUAUCUUUGUUUUAAAGUGAUCCCCAUUCCCCCACAAGGAAAAGAAAAAAGGGACUUUACUUACAAAUUGUAAUUAGCAUAUAUAAACCCUUUUCAACUCAAGGUGGAAUUGGUACAUUUUGAUUCCAAGAAAUCAAGUUGUUCUCAUAAUUAUUCUUCAUCUCUUUCCUAGAAUGGGAGAUGGGUUUCGUAGCUUUUGUUGGAUUGGUUUUUCUUGGAUUCUAAUCUUAUGCAUUCACCAAGUUCAGUUGAGUGAACCGCAAUCGGAUGGUAGCUGUGAUUUUUUCAAAGGGAGUUGGGUUUUUGACGAAACUUACCCUCUUUACAACACCUCGGAUUGUCCAUUUAUUGAGCAAGAGUUUGAUUGCCAAGCCAAUGGACGCCCUGAUAAACUUUAUCUCAAAUAUAGAUGGAAGCCAUCCGAUUGUAUGCUGCCAAGAUUUAAUGGUGAGGAUUUCUUGAGAAAGUUGAAGGGGAAAAAAAUCUUGUUCAUUGGGGACUCACUAAGCUUGAAUCAAUGGCAGUCUCUCACGUGCAUGUUGCAUGCUGCAGUGCCGCAAUCAAAUUACACUAUUAACAGAAAAGGAGACUUUUCUACCUUUUCUUUUCCGGACUAUGAAGUUUCAUUGAUGCUAUCCCGCAAUGCAUUUCUAGUCGAUCUUGUCAAAGAAAAGAAAGGCACCGUUUUGAAGCUGGAUUCCAUUGAAAAUGGCAAAUCUUGGAAAGGCUAUGACUUGCUCAUCUUCAACACCUGGCAUUGGUGGCUCCACAAAGGAAGAAAACAACCAUGGGAUUUCAUUGAAUCAAGGGGAAAGGUGAGGAAAGAUAUGGAUCGUUUGGUUGCAUUUAGAGAGGGGCUAACUACAUGGUCAGAAUGGGUGGAUUCCAAUGUUAACACUACCACUACCCAAGUAUUCCUUCAGGGCAUUUCUCCCACUCAUUUCAAUGGCAAGGAAUGGAAUGAGACCAAAUCAACAACCUGCAGGGGUCAGACCACACCAGCAACCGACUCAACAUAUGAAGGUGGUUCGCCGCCAGCAGUGGCAGUCGUAAAGGAAGUGUUGAAAAACAUGUCAACGCCAGUUAUUUUGCUCGAUGUAACAAGACUGUCGCAGCUGAGAAGAGAUGGUCACCCAUCUAUUUACACUGGUCUAAAGGGAAAUGACUGUAGUCAUUGGUGCCUAGCUGGUGUUCCUGAUACAUGGAAUCAACUUUUGUAUGCAAUUCUUACAACUGGGGAAACUUCAUGAUUUUAAAUUACAAUAUUUUUGCAAUUAAUUUUUUAAGUUCA